UAAUUUCUAAAACAAUUUUUAAAAAUUAGUUUAUCAAACAAUUUCUUUUGUUAAUUCCCUUUUGUAAAACAAUUAUUUAAAAUAAAUUUGAAAAACAAAUUUUAAGAACUAAAAUCCAAAAGUGUUCCAAACAGACCCAUUUUUCAGCAAAUUACCGGGAAUUUUCCCAAACACAUGUAUAAGUGGGAUAAACGUGUUUCCAAACGACCAUAUGAUAAAACUUAGGAUUAUUAUAAAGAACAGAUUAACAGUGUUAGGUCAAUUUUCAAUACAAUAAUCAUUUCAAUUGUUACACACUUACACUUAUACAAGACUUUGGAGCCAACAGUGUCAUACAAUAACAAUUUCAAAUGUUUGAUGCUCAACAGAAAACAAAACAUGUCAAACUCUCAUUAGUCAUCAUUAUUCUAAAUCAAUCAAAUCCUAAUCAAUCUAUAAAUCGAAUAUCAUAUAAUCCAUAUUCACACCAACAGUCAAUCAUCUUUUUCCACUCAACCAAGAAAACCGACACAACAUUUUCACACAAACCUGUCUUAACUUCAUUGUUUCUUUUUCUGUCUCAAACAUCUUCAAUGGCUGAAUCCACCAAACAUGUUCCUAACUCAGACAUCAAAACCCUCUUUUCCAUCUUCAAAACCACAAAAACCAUUGCUUUUGCUUAUGCUUUCAUGCUUGCUUUUCUUUCUCUCACUCUUUUCUUAGCCUUUUCUCCUUCUCCAAAUCCUUCUUCUCCUUGGUUCACCAACUUUUUCACAACCAAAACUUCAUCAUCAUCUUCUUCCAUUUUCUCAUUCUUUUACCACAACACAACAACCACUUCUUCAUUGCCAUCUUCCCCUUUUAGCAACACUUCUAGAUCUACCAAUAACACUUCUCAUGUUUCUGAUGAAGCUAAACCUCAGAAGAUGAUUAAUCAAACUGCAAAUAGGGAACAAGAGAUUCAUAUGAUGAAGUCUUUAAGAAAGUGUGAUUUUUUUGAUGGUAAAUGGGUUAAGGAUAAUGACUCUUAUCCUCUCUAUCAACCUGGUUCUUGCAACUUGAUUGAUCAACAGUUUAAUUGUAUCAGCAAUGGAAGACCUGAUCAAGAUUUUCAGAAAUUCAAGUGGAAACCUAAAGGAUGUAGUCUCCCAAGGUUGGAUGGACACAAAAUGUUGGAUUUGUUGAGAGGCAAGAGACUUGUUUUUGUUGGUGAUUCCAUCAAUAGAAACAUGUGGGAGUCACUUAUUUGCAUUCUCAGAAACUCUGUGAAAGACAAAAGUAAAGUUUUUGAAGCAAAUGGAAGAGUCCAUUUUAAAGGAGAAACCUCUUAUUCAUUCAUAUUCAAAGAUUACAACUUCUCAAUCGAGCUUUUCGUAUCGCCCUUCUUAGUUCAAGAGUGGGAAUAUCUCAUCAAGAAUGGAACGAAAAAGGAAACGCUUCGGCUCGAUUUGGUUGGUAAAUCAUCUGAUCAAUAUAAAGAUGCAGAUAUAAUCAUCUUCAACACUGGCCAUUGGUGGACUCAUGAUAAAACUUCUAAAGGUAAGGACUAUUACCAAGAAGGUAGUCAUGUGUAUAAUGAAUUGAAUGUUUUGGAGGCAUUUCGAAAGGCAAUAACAACUUGGAGCAGAUGGGUUGAUGCCAACAUAAAUGCAACCAAGUCUAUGGUUUUCUUUAGAGGCUAUUCGUCUUCGCAUUUUAGUGGCGGGCAAUGGAAUUCAGGUGGACAAUGCGACAGUGAAAUCGCGCCAAUCAAAAAUGAAAAUUACUUGAGACAAUACCCUCCUAAGAUGAGAGUUUUGGAAAAGGUACUAAAGAAUAUGAAGACUCGAGUCACGUACUUAAACGUCACGAAAAUGACAGAUUUUCGAAAAGAUGGUCAUCCUUCUAUAUACAGAAAGCAAAACCUAUCAUCGGACGAAAGAAAAUCGCCGUUGAUGUAUCAAGAUUGCAGCCAUUGGUGUCUGCCUGGUGUUCCUGACACAUGGAAUGAGAUUCUCUACGCCGAGCUUCUAAUGAAACAGUAUCCAGAUCAGAAUCAGAAUCAUAAUCAAAAUCGGCAUUAACAGAAGAGAAGAAACAAUAUACAAACUACAAAAGUCUAAGGCCACAUUUACCAUAUUUUUUGUCCCUUCCAAAUUUCAGGAUACGGAAAUAAACAAACUAUACAGAAAUUUUUUUUUCCAAAUUUUGUAAAUGUCUAAAAUAGUUAAUGAUAUUCAUAGAAGGAGUAUUUUUAAGUUAAUUUAA